CGAAGCGUAUGGAGAUCCGAGACCGUCACUUUCGAUUCCUGUGACCAUUGUGAACGUCGCCACCUCUUCUAGAGUCAAUGCUGGCUGCUAGACGUCUCCGAGUGCUGCGCCAGCCCCUUCUCCAGACCCGAUGGAUGAGUGCACUGGUGGAUGAAGCGGCUUCUCCGAUCCUCACGCCCGCCGCCCGCAAACUGGCCUUCAAAGAAGAGUUGGAGCAGGCUCGCAAGCGUGCACUCGAAGGUGGCGGUGCUGAGCGCGUGGCUAAGCAGCACGAGAAGGGGAAGCUCACGGCCCGCGAGCGCAUCGAGCUGCUGCUGGACAAGGGCACUUUCCGCGAGUAUGACAUGCUGAAAUCGCACCGCUGCUCUGACUUUGGCAUGGAGAAGCAACAGUACCCCGGAGACGGUGUUGUCACUGGCCGAGGACUCAUCAAUGGCCGUCUCACCUUCGUCUUCAGCCAGGAUUUCACCGUCUUCGGCGGUAGUUUGUCGGAGACGUACGCUGAAAAGAUCGUCAAGAUCAUGCAGAAGGCAAUGGAGUUGGGAGCGCCCGUGAUUGGACUUAAUGACUCGGGAGGCGCACGUAUCCAAGAGGGUGUGGCGUCGCUGGCUGGCUACGCUGACAUCUUCCAGCUGAAUGUCCUGGCGUCUGGUGUCAUUCCACAACUCACGAUGGUCAUGGGGCCUUGUGCUGGUGGCGCAGUAUACUCCCCUGCUAUGACCGACUAUAUCUUCAUGUGCCGUGACUCGUCAUACAUGUUUGUGACUGGACCGGAUGUGGUGAAGACUGUGACCAAUGAAGAGGUCACCCAAGAGGAACUGGGUGGUGCUGCUACACACACCAAGACUUCUGGUGUGGCACACUGCGCGUUUGACAACGAUGUGGAGGCUAUUCGUGAGAUGCGUCGCUUCUUCGACUUCUUGCCGCUUAAUAACAAGGAGAAGCCGCCUGUGCGGACGUCCGACGACGACCGCAACCGCCCCGUGCCCACGCUCGAGAGUAUUGUACCCCCAGACCCGAACGUGCCGUACAACAUGAAGGAUAUUAUCCACCAGAUCGUGGACUCGUUCGACUUUUUCGAAAUUAUGCCCGACUACGCCAAGAACAUCAUUGUUGGAUUCGGCCGCAUGGAGGGCCGUGUGGUGGGCAUUCUUGCUAACCAGCCAAUGGAGCUUGCUGGCUGUCUGGACAUCAAUUCAUCUGUCAAGGGCGCGCGGUUUGUGCGCUUCUGCGACGCCUUCAACAUCCCUAUUGUGACACUUGUGGAUGUUCCUGGUUUCCUGCCUGGGACGGACCAGGAAUACGGUGGGAUCAUUCGUCACGGCGCCAAGUUGUUGUACGCGUACGCUGAAGCGACGGUACCCAAGAUCACGAUCAUUACACGAAAGGCAUAUGGUGGAGCCUACGACGUUAUGAGCUCCAAGCACCUCCGUGGUGACAUCAACUACGCGUGGCCGUCGGCUGAGAUCGCCGUGAUGGGAGCCAAGGGCGCAGUGGAAAUCAUUUUCCGCGGCCAGAACGUGGAGGAGAACACUGCUGACUACGAGAAGAAGUUCGCUAACCCCAUGGUCGCGGCCCAGCGAGGUUUCGUGGACGACAUCAUCGAGCCUGUGAACACUCGUCGCCACAUCUGCGAGGAUCUCGAUGUUCUGGAGACCAAGGACGUGAAGAACCCGUGGAAGAAGCACGGCAACAUCCCGCUGUAAGCGCGGUUCGGCCACAUACACUCAUCCGUCUACAGGUCGCCUCAAACAUUAUAACCCGUUACAAUACGACUUGCCGAAAUCUUUUAUCAAGUCAGUUCGCUCUCGAUAAUUAAUUUCCUUCUUGAACCGAUAUCCCCGUCAAAUAUGAAACGGUCACUUCUGUC